AAGAAUAGAGAAUCAUGGCUGUCUCUCGAAAUUAAUUGAAGUCAGCCAGGAGCUUGUGGGGAGAGAUAUAACUAUAAUACAAGCAUCAUAUUUCGAUUCAUUUAAUUAUCUUAUUUCCAUCGUCCUUUGUGCCACCUUGUGCUUAUUUAAUUAACAGUAGAAUAGGCCUACCGCAAUGUUUGCGUUUGACCAUAUGCUGCAGUUGGCCAUCUGUAUCUGCAUUGUUUAAUUCUGACCAAAUAGAAAAUUAUCUCUAAUGUUAAUACAUCACACUUUAGAGUGUGCCGCUUUGAGGUGUACAUUCUUUCAGUUGGAAGAAGACAAAUUAGGAGAGAUACAACUAAUAUGAGACAUCUCCACAUCCUUACUAUGUGGGAGGUGUCUUACAGCGACUACAUCUGAGGUGUAAGUAUUCUAACUGUUGGUCAGAAUGUGCAUAUCAACCAGAUAAGUUACAGGAUAAGUAGAUAUCAAUGGAUCGAAUGUUUAAGAUAUUUUUUCUGGUUUGUAUAAUUGCUGUACUGUUUCAUGAAAUAACAUGGAUUCUAAAUUGCAAUGCAAUUCAUAAAAGAAUAAAAGGCAGCAAUACUCAACAUGAAGUAUUGCAAAGGAAUAUGGUAACACAGCCCGUAAGCCUACGACGUUGCACUCCGAGGAAAAACAUCGUGUUUGUGAAAACUCACAAAACAGGCGGAACAACGCUAGCCCGAAUAAUUGAACAAUAUGCUUUCGACAACAAACUAAAUGUGGUUAUUAAAAAAGGAGAAUACAAAAAUUUUCACUUUGCAAAUGUGAAUUUUGAUUUUAAUUCCAAGAAGUACUUCGUACCCCCGAUGGGCGUCAAACAAGGAGAUUAUAAAAAUUAUAAGUACAAUGUUUUUGCGCUACAUGCUCUAUAUAAUAGGCCGGUUUAUGACUCGUUUAUGGAAAAUGGCUCGAUUUAUGUGACUUUAUUACGAGACCCGGUCUCUCAGUUCGAAUCUGCUUUUGAUUUUUUUAAUGUUGGGGCAGCCGCUAUAAGAGACAGUUCGUUAAAUAAAACACAGAGAUUACAGGUUUUCUUUAAAGAUCCACUUAAAUAUUGGACUCCACUGAAAAGAUCUCAGCGCUUAAUUUCUCGUAAUAGUCAGAUUUGGGAUUUGGGCGUUGAUCCUGCGAAAUGUCCAAAUAGUUUUGUUGUUGAUUAUACGAUUAAACGAUUGGAUAAUGAACUUGAUCUAGUAAUGAUAACAGAAUAUUUUGACGAAUCAUUGUUAUUACUGAAGAAAAAGCUUUGUUGGGAAUUUAAAGACAUUUUGUAUUUGCCUCGAAACGUGAGAAGUUCGCGCGCUACGUUAAAUGUGAACAUUCGUAAAAACAUAUCAAAGUGGAAUUGGAUAGACACGAAAAUAUACUCUCACUUUCUCGGGCGUUUACAUAAACUUAUAAAGGACUAUGGUCCAAGAUUUGAAGACGACUUAUCUGCGUUCCGUAACAUGACGUCAUUUGUAUAUAAAACAUGUGUUGCUAAUGAAAAAGUGCAAACUUUCCGUAAGAGGAAAAAGAUUGCUUUCGACAUGGUUCGUGGUAAUGUCACCGGCCAUGGCGGAAUUUGCAGACGUGUUGGUAAAUUAGACGAAUGCAACUUUGGUAAUGGUUACAUUUUGUUGCUUGAUUUAUCUUACAUAUGUGAGAGUGUUACCUCCAGCAUUACGGAUUUGAAUCCUCACCUCAAGAAUAUGAUGAAGCGAAAUACAAAUAGAACUGUACGCGGUGGAGGUAGUGGUGGUGGUGAUGAUGAGGAACUUGGUGAAUAAGCCUAAGAUGCCUGUCUUUCAAUGCCACUUAUAUACAAGCUCACUUAAAGUAAAGUACAUAUCUUAUGUAGCAAAUCGGUGGUUCACAUAACAUGCCGGGUAGUGUUGAGAAAAAAAAAGAAAAGCAAUGCACAAGAUGAAAUUUACAAUAUGAAACAUGGUGUGUGUUCUUGCGAACUACUGUUUUUUUUUUUUUUUUUUUUUUUGGUUUGUUUGUUUUUUAAUUAUAAUGUUUUUAGAACGAUAAUAAGAAUUUUAUAUAUCGUUUGAUAUCAGAAAUGCAUUUAUAUAAUAAUGGAAAAUGAACGUAAGAACUAACUAUUGACAUUAAGACACAAUGUUCAGUGGAAAUGGCUGAAUUGCUGAUGAUACAAAUAUUAAAAUGUGGGUUGACAUUUAAAAUGAAAUUGGUUUAAAAUACAAUCAGUAUAUCUCUUACUACCGUACAUAAUAAUAACAUCAGAGUAAAAUAACAUUUAAGGAUGGAAGACUACUUGAAAAAUUAUUUUUAUAGGAGUGCAGUAGUUCGUCUGAGAUAGACCUUAGUGUUGUCCCGAUACCACGGAAAUGAGGAAGGUAUUAGACUAUACAUUUUAUUUUGACUAAGGAAUGAUUGUAUAAAUGAAUAAGUACGAAAAUAAUGAUUUUUAAACAUAUUUUUAAUGAACGCAGUCAAAAGCUACGGACAACAUGCCACUGCAAUCGCCACUAGGGCUAAUAAUUAAUGAGUUAUGUUUAUAGGCCUACACAAAAUGUAUACGGUGGCCAUAAGAUGCCAUUUUGGUCUACCUUCCUUCAAUUAAAGACCACUUUUGGGAGCGGGAUUUGCAUGGUCUUUGGUAGCUUUGGUCUCUUGAUAGAAUAAUAAGAAUAAGGCUAAGGGACCACAGAAAAUGGUCUUUAAUUGCAGGUGGUCUUUAAUUGGAGGGUUCUUUAAUUUGAGGGAGACCUGUAUUCAGUUUUCGAAACUUAUCAUUAUUUAAUUAGAUUAUACAGACCCGUAGGUAGGAUUUUCGAUGGGGAGGUUUUGCAACCGAAGUGGACCUUACAAUGGGCGACUGCCUAGGGAUCCCCGCGAGACUGAGGCGAAUCUUCUGAAAGCUCUGACAAAUUAGCAUUUUUGAUGUCCUCUUUUAAUGGAUUUCUAAAAUCCAUAAUUUGUAAUAUCCUAUUUAAAUUUUCAUUCAUUUGAGUAUUGUCUAGGGACCUACAGUAAAG